AUGUUCAGCGCGUUGUGGAGCAGUGGAGAUAAGCUCAGGGUGUUGACGAUGAUAUCUGAGAUGUUGAGCCACGGGAUUGAUCUGGUUGAGGAAGCUUUUGAGCUCUUGGUUGACAUGAGAAGCUGCUGUGAGUUUCGGCCGUCGGUUUUUACAUACAACAUUGUGCUUUUGGGGUUUUGUAAAGCUCAUAGGAUCGAGGAAGCGAUCGAUGUUUUGGAGUCGAUGGUUGGGAAUGGAUUGAUGCUAUUUCUGAGUAUUCUUUCAAGAGAUUGCAUAGGAAUUUCCCUUUACUCAAUGUUUUACAGAAAUCUUCUCACACGUUUGGACAUUAAGUUGUUAGUAAUCAUUGUAUCGCUGCACUGA